AUGUGUGGUGUUUCGGCCAUUUUGCUAGGUGACCAGGAGGCUACCUCCGCCGCCAUUGAUCUCCACGAGACAUUGUAUUAUCUCCAACAUCGUGGACAAGAUGCUGCAGGUAUCGCUGUUUGCCAGGGUGGACGAGUUUCUCAAUGCAAGGGUCUCGGUAUGGCCAGCAAGGUCUUUUCCGAUGGCCGAAGACUUGAGCAUCUCCCCGGUUACAUGGGCCUGGGCCACGUUCGUUACCCUACCAUGGGAACUGCUUCUGCCUCCGAAGCUCAACCUUUCUACGUCAACGCUCCUUUCGGUAUCUCCAUGAGCGUCAACGGUAACCUCGUCAACACCGAAUACCUCCGCAAGUUCCUCGACGAGGAAGCCCACCGACACGUCAACUCCGAUUCCGACUCAGAGCUCCUCCUCAACAUCUUCGCUCACGGCCUCCAGCAGCUCGGCAAGACUCGCGCCAACUCGGAGGAUAUCUUCACUGCUCUCGGUGAUGUCUACGCCAAGUGCCAGGGCGCUUUCGCAUGCACUGCCAUGAUCGCUGGUUUUGGCAUUCUUGCCUUCCGUGACGCCAACGGUAUCCGACCUCUUUGCAUUGGUUCUCGACCUUCCGCCACACUCCCAGGUACUGAAGAUUACCUCGUUGCCUCCGAAUCCGUUGUGCUGAAGCAGCUCGGCUUCUCGAACAUUGUCGACAUCCUCCCUGGUCAGGCCUGUUUCUUGCAGAAGGGAUGUGCCCCCAAGUUCCGUCAGAUUAUCAACGACCGCCCUUACACGCCCGAUUGCUUCGAAUUCGUAUACGUUGCUCGUCCUGACUCAACCAUGGACGGAAUCUCGGUGUACCGCAGCCGACAAAACAUGGGAGAGAAGCUGGCCAAGAAGGUCCGUGCGGUUCUCGGAGAGAAGGGAGUUCAAGAGAUUGAUGCAGUCAUUCCUGUUCCAGAGACAAGUAACAUCGCCGCUGCUACUCUUGCUGAGAAGCUUGGCAAGCCAUACGUCACAGCUCUAAUUAAGAACCGAUAUGUUCAACGAACCUUCAUUCUUCCCAACCAAGCUCUUCGAAUGAAGAGUGUUCGCCGCAAGCUUUCACCUAUCGACUCAGAAUUCCGCGGAAAGAAUCUCAUCCUAGUGGACGACAGUGUCGUGCGUGGCACUACAUCCGGACAAAUCGUUCAAAUGGCCAGAGAAGCUGGUGCUGCUAAGGUUAUCUUUGUUUCAGCAUCUCCAGAGUGCAUAUAUCCCCAUAUCUAUGGUAUCGAUCUUGCGGAUCCUGUUGAUUUGGUUGCUCAUGGCCGAACAAACCAACAAAUUGCCGACUACAUCGGUGCUGACCAGGUCAUAUUCCAAGAUCUUGAUGGACCUGAUGGUCUGAAGGCUGCGUGUAUGGAGGCUGCUGAGGACACAAGUAAGGUCACGAGUUUUGAAACGGGUGUCUUUAGUGGAUGUUAUGUCACAGAGGUGCCGGAAGGAUACUUCGAACAUCUCAGUGAUCUCCGUAGCGGCAAGCGGAAGGCGACCACCACCUUGACGACCAUCAAGGCUGGUGGUGAUGAGGGCGGAAACGUAGUUGUCAGCUCUGGGCCUACAAAUGGGCCUGAGGCUGAUGAGCGAGAAGAUAUUAGUCUUCACAACAUGGCAAGUGAACAGAUCACAACCUCAUAG